CCCCUCCACGCCUGCGCGUAGUUGCGCGGACGCUGGCCCGUGGCGGGGAAUGGCGGCGUCUUCCAGUGGCGAGAAGGAGAAGGAGCGGCCGGGCGGCGGCUCGGGAGCUGCAGGCGGUAACAGCACACGUGAGAGGCUGCUGUCUGCGCUGGAAGAUCUGGAGGUCUUGUCGAGUGACUGUGGCGCGGAGCUUGUUUUGAUAGGUAACUGCAUGGGACGAAUGAGUCCCGCAGACCCACUAGGCGGCAUGUGGCUGGAAGAGCAUGUGCAAAGGCCUGGAACAGGAGCACGCACGACUUGGUGCUGGAAUGACCAGUUUGGGGUGGCUGGAGUGCAGCGUGUGUGGCAGAGAGAACUUAUAGAAAUGCUGGCGAUUUCAAGAAACCAAAAGUUGUUACAGUCUGGAGAGGAAAACCAGGUCCUGGAGUUGUUAAUUCAUAGAGAUGGGGAAUUUCAAGAACUAAUGAAAUUGGCACUUAAUCAGGGAAAAAUCCAUCAUGAAAUGCAAGUUUUAGAAAAAGAAGUAGAAAAAAGAGACAGUGAUAUUCAGCAACUACAAAAACAGCUAAAGGAAGCAGAACAGAUACUGGCAACAGCUGUUUACCAAGCAAAAGAAAAACUCAAGUCAAUAGAAAAAGCAAGAAAAGGUGCCGUCUCCUCUGAAGAAAUAAUUAAGUACGCACAUAGGAUUAGUGCAAGUAAUGCUGUGUGUGCCCCACUGACCUGGGUCCCAGGGGACCCACGGAGACCAUACCCAACUGAUUUGGAGAUGAGAAGUGGAUUAUUGGGCCAGAUGAACAACCCUUCCACUAAUGGAGUGAACGGUCAUCUACCAGGGGACGCACUUGCAGCAGGCAGAUUGCCAGAUGUCCUUGCUCCACAGUAUCCAUGGCAGUCAAAUGACACGGCAGUGAGUAUGUUACCACCAAACCACAGUAGCGACUUUGUGUUGGAGCCUCCAGGACACAACAAAGAAAACGAAGAUGACGUAGAGGUUAUGUCAACAGACUCCUCAAGCAGUAGCAGUGACUCUGAUUAAAAAAGCGUAAGACAAAACAUACGGAAUUGAAUACUAUCAAAUUCUGUUCCUUAAAUAAUUGCAAACCUGUAAAAAUAGCCAGGUGAUAAUUGGCUGUAGUGGAAUUGCGCUGCCUAUUAAAAAUCACAGUGGACUUGCUUUUUAAAGCCAAAAAUCAUGGCUUCAGUUCUAAACCACUACGUGAAUAUUUAGAGAAGAUCAAAAUUUACUGUUGGAAAAAAAGAUUAUUCAGUUCAGUGCCGUCUUGUUCUAUUCCAGUUGUGUUGGACUUGUGCAUAGUAGUUCUGGAAAUAAGAUUUUAGGGAAAUGACCCAUGUACAUAUCACUAAUAGGCCUCCUGGAACUAUUAAGAAAAGCAUAAAGGCAGCGGAUCACUGAAUGUGCAUCAUAACUCAGAAUAACAGAAACCCUCAUUUGAAAGUAAAGGCUGUUAGCUUCUGUCACAGGAACAGGAGAAAUCGUC